AUGGUUUGUUUUUCAGAUUUGCUUAUUGUGAGAUGCUCGGAGUGCUGUGUGAGAUGUCUCAGGGGCGUUCCCUAUGCCUCUCUCAUUGCCACCAUCCUGUGUUUUGUGGGAGUGGCCCUUUUUUGUGGCUGUGGCCAUGAAGCCCUGACUGGGACAAAGAAACUCAUUGAACUUGACUUCUCCAAAGACUUCAUGGACUACGCUCUCUUGGCAAAUGUGAUCCAGGUGUUCCAGUACAUUAUCUAUGGGACGGCAUCAUUCUUCUUCCUAUAUGGGGUACUGCUGCUGGCAGAAGGCUUUUACACCACCAGUGCAGUCAGAUCCCUCUUUGGGGAAUUCAGGACCACCUUGUGCGGCCGCUGUGUCAGUGCAACUUUCGUAUUCCUGACGUAUGUGCUAAGCAUCACCUGGAUGGGAGUCUUUGCUUUCUCUGCACUGCCAGUCUAUAUUUACUACACCAUGUGGUCGACGUGCCAAACGCUCAAAUAUGUGACAGAUGUAAAUACAGGCUUUGAUGAUGUCUGUGUGGAUGCGAGACAGUACGGGGUCCUGCCAUGGAGUGCCAAUCCAGGGAAGAUCUGUGGCUUCAAUUUAACUUCUGUUUGUAAUGCCUCAGAGUUUGAAUUGACCUACCAUUUGUUCAUUGCAACAUUUGCUGGAGCUGCAGCCACUGUCAUUGCUUUGAUAAACUUCCUCCUCUGUUUGAUGGCUAACUGGGCAUACAUUAAGGAAGCUAACAAAACAAAACAGUGCGAAGAGUUACGGACGAUGGAAAACCAGGAGCUUCGUCAACUGGAGACCCACCAAUAAUCGGCUGUGCAGUUUGAAUUUUCACCGAGGAUUGCAUUCCUAUUAAUGUUGGUCAUUUCCAAGCUUCUGCUGUUCAACAUUAGCAUUCUGCACCUUGGUGAACAGGAGCUGUGAAGUAUUGGAAGUCCAUACAGCAAUUCAAACACUUUCUAUUGUACAGAACCUAAUCCUGCCCUAAAUACCUUGGUGAUCUGAUGCAGGUUAAAACAUUGUAUUUUUGAAGAAAAUAAAGGGUAAGUUGCAUUUAUAUUAGUGCAAAGCCUCACA